AUGAGCUCGCUUAGGCAUCACCGGGUCAUCAUCGCCUCUUUGUUCCUUCCCAACACCGCCGUGCUCGGCGAGUCCCUGCCCUCGUCUCCGGCAGCAGAGAUCCCACCUAUUCAUCUCGGCCCGGGGCCCGCCUUCGCCGCCUCGAGUGCCCACGGCCGACCGCACCCACUUUCCCGGACCUCCGGACCUUUGAAGAGUAUAGUGGAAGAUCUUAAAGACAAGAGUCGUCACCCCACCCCUUCGACAACACCACGCUCAGAGCCAAUAAACCCAUUUGCGAAGCUUUCUACCUCUUCCGCUUCGCCCGCGUACUCGCUACUGGAUGCCCUGGCAAACAAACUCCACGGGUCGAAAGCGCCGGUCGGUGGAGCGACGUCGCCAACGUCCCCUGCCAGCACUCGCCAGUACCAAACGACGCACCAUGGCAGUCAGGGUGCCCAACACCGCAUACAACGCCGUUCGUCGCGCUCGUCCACGCAGCGCAACGCCUCUCGGUCCUUGUCCGCCAGCCGACAAGAGUCUAGCUCGCACAGCCAGAAGUGGCAUGUACAGAAUAACCCCCACUGCAAUGGUGGUCUCAAGAACGCCAUAGACAGUGUAGGCGACAGACUCAGACGCAAGCUCUGGGUAGGUACACUCGGCACGAACACGGACGGUUUCCGUGAAAGCCUGCGUCGCAACAUGGAGUGGCGCAUGCGCGAGGAGCGCGACAGUCUCCCCGUCUGGAUUGCGGACUCGGAUUUCGCGAGCUGUUACGACGAGUUCUGUCACCAAGUCCUCUGGCCCGCCCUCCACUAUGCCAUCCCUGAUGCGCCGAAGACCAAAUCAUUCUACGAGAGCGGGUCGUUCAAACAAUACGUUGCCGUCAACCAACGUUUCGCCGACGCGAUCGUUUCUGCGUACAACGAGGGAGACAUCAUCUGGGUUAACGACUACCACCUCAUGCUCCUCCCUUCUAUGCUCCGCGAACGCCUUCCGAACGCGCCGAUUGGCUUCUUCAUGCAUGUCGCCUUCCCAUCUUCCGAGAUCUUCCGGUGCUUGAGCGUCCGCCAGGAUCUUCUCAAGGGUGUUCUCGGCGCGGACCUCAUUGGCUUCCAGACCGCGAACUACGCCCGCCAUUUCCGUCAGACAGUCAGCCGUAUCCUUGCGGCCGAAGCUUUGCCGAAGGGCGUUCAGCUCGAAGACCGCUUCGUCGAUGUCGGAGUGUUCCCCAUGGGAAUUGAUGUUGGUAGCAUCACAGCCAAGAAACAAGAACCCGAGGUUGUUGAAUGGGUCAAGUCGCUCCGCCAACGCUACGCUGGGAUGACCCUGAUUGGUGUGCGCCUGAAGAUUCAAGCGUUCGAAGCCUUCCUCGACAAGUACCCCGAAUACCAAGGCAAGGUGGUCCUCAUCCAGGUCGCUCUGCAGACGACGGAGGAGAACGAGAACCAGGGCGCUGUUGCCGACGUCAUCUCACACCUCAACUCUCGCUUCUCGACCCUCACGUACCAGCCCGUCGUCUUCCUGCAUACGCAAGACCUCACUUUCAGCCAGUACCUUGCCCUCCUUACUGUUGCCGACGCCUUCAUGGUCACCAGUCUGCGCGAGGGAAUGGCUCUGCGCGCCCACGAAUUCGUCGAAUGCCAGGAACAACGCCACCGCCCCCUCAUCCUCAGCGAGUUCACCGGGUCCUACAGUUACAGCGGGUUCAGGUCGUGCAUUCCCGUAAACCCCUGGGACAAGCAGGGGACGGCAAAAGCUAUUCACCAGGCGCUCACCAUGACGGACGAGGAAGCUACCUCUCGCUGGGAGGACCUGCACAACCACGUCGCCACCCAGAGCGCUCAGGCGUUCGUGACCUCGUUCCUUGUUCGCUGCCUACGUGCGAACAUCGACCACACGCAGAACGCGGAGACCCAGACAGUCGCCACUCUUGAUGCGAACCGGAUCCUCCCCCGCUACCGCCACUCGCAGAAGCGCCUGAUGCUUGUCGACUUCGAGGGUACAAUCUGGCAGCGCGACAUCGGCACCAUCGCGAUCAAUGCAGGGGUUGCCGCCGGAGGUCACAAAGAAUUUGAGCCCCCGGAGGAGACUAUGAAGCUGCUUGGUCGUCUCGCGGAUGACCCGAGAAACCAGGUCUGGCUCCUCAGCGGGCUUCCAAGGGACGUAUUGGACGUGGUCGUCGAGAAGGCGCCAACGAUUGGCAUCAUCGCGGAGAACGGAUGCUUCAUCAAGCCGCGUUCCGACAAAGGCCACAAGUCGGACUGGAUCAGCAUGGUCGAGAAGUUCAAUCUCACGUGGAAGGCGGCGUGCAUGGAGACCUUGCAAUACUUCUCCGAACGCACUCCUGGUGCGUUCAUUGAAGAGCGCGAAGCCUCUGUCGUCUGGCGCUUCUGGACGGGGGAGACCUCGGACCCCAACGCCUCGGACUGGCUGUGGGCGCGCCGACAGGCAGCCGAAGCGCAGAACCACAUCUUCGACUCCCUCGGCGAGCGCUUCGGGAUCCGCAUCGUCCCCGGCUCUACCUCUUUCCUCGUCCUCCCCACCAACAUUUCACGCUCGACCGCCGUCGGAGCCAUCAUGCACCCCGGCGGGCCUGCUGUGCCCGGUCACGCCGUCGCGGCCGCGGUCGCGUGGGGCGCAGGGCUGCUCGCGCCCGAGGCCGAGAGCGAGAGCGAGUUCGACUUCGUGUUCGCGGUCGGCAAGGACGAGAAGCUGCUGAGGCGGCUGAACGAGCUCGACGGCGCGGAGACGUGCUCGACGAGCAACAAGGCGACGGACGCGAAGUGGCGGCUGAGCGCGAACGAGGUUGUGCCGGCGCUGUGGCGCUUCGCAGAGACGAAGUGA